AUGUCGUCAGUCGUAACUACCAUCAAACCAACUUCGAAUACAUCUGCUCUAAAUACAGAGACGGGCUCAAAUGGGGAAGUGAAAAGGCUACAUCACAUUCCGCGACCCGUCAACAAGGAGGCCGAGAGGAAAUGGCUCCUCGAGCAGAUGGCGGGUGCUUUUCGCAUAUUCGCUAAACUAGGGUUCUCGGAUGGUAGCAGUGGACAUAUUAGUCUUCGAGACCCUAUCGAACCCCGCACGUUCUGGAUCAAUCCUUAUGGUGUACACUUUGCCCUCCUCAAGGUCUCUGAUAUGGUCAGAGUAGACGAGGAGGGAAACCGAGUCGCUGGUGCAGAUAAACCUGUCAACGCGGCCGGUUUUAUCAUUCAUUCGGCGAUCCAUCAGAGGCGACCGGAUAUUCACGCGGCUUGUCAUAUGCAUAGUCCGUAUGGAAGAGCGUGGAGCACAUUUGGCCGGGGCAUCGAUAUGUUUAAUCAAGAUUCCUGCAUGUUUUAUGAUGACCUUUCAGUAUAUCCAGCAUUUGGAGGCGUCGUUUUCGCAAAGGAAGAGGGUCAACGUCUUGCGGAAUACCUUGGUCCCAAGAACAAGAAUCUUAUCAUGCAGAAUCAUGGUCUACUUACAGCUGGAGGGACGGUUGCUGAAGCGGCGGCGUUCUUCAUUGCGUUAGAAAGGGCGUGUCAGACACAGCUUCUUGUAGAAGCUUCUACGGCACCUGGAUCUAUUGGAGCGAGUGAGGGCAUCCUAAAGAAGACACUAGUCGAUGAUGAAACGGCCACAUAUACCAAAAAAGGAACGGGUACUCCUGAGGUGAUGUACAUGCAAUUUGAGCCUGAGUAUCAAUUGAUUUUGAAGGAAACGGGUGACUUGAUUUGUCAGGACUUCGGCCACGCACCGGCGGACUUGAUCCACGCAUCGACUUUAUUCUUAGCCGUCCCCUUCCAUCUCCCGAACUACACUUGUGAAACGUUGCCUAUUGUCAACUUGUAUUUCUAUGUCAUGUUUGAAUGCUCGCAAUGCGACAAGAGCUACCAGCGGAAACCUCAUCUGCUCCGCCAUGAGGCAACUCGAAGGGAGGUGACUCGAAGGCAUAGCAAAGCGUGUGCAAAGAAAUACAACCAACCGUUGCCACCCGCAGCCAAACCAGGCAGAAAAAGGCAAUCUUGUGAUUUGUGUUUCUUUGCCAAAGCGUCUUGCGAUAAAAACUCGCCUUGCUCUCGUUGCAGUUCCCUCGGGCGGCAAUGUACCUUUUCCGGACAUCAGACACUAUCUACAGGAUCUAGCUCUUCAUCAGCUGUUUCGCUUUCACCAUUCACGAACCCACCUCGCAGUACUCCGAGAGGUGGUGGUCCGUUUACUUUCCUUCGGCAUUUUGCCAAUCCAUCUGUCCAUAAGGACAGACUUGCGAUCGGCGAGACAGCAAAACGCUCCGUUCGAAGGAACCUUGAAACGCUCAAUUCUCACAUCGAAGAUGCUCUUGUUCCUACUGAUCCCCUGUCGGCUUUUGGUGGUGACUUUGAACUCUCAGAUUUCUCCUAUCAAUUUCCAUUGUCUACAGAUGAUUUCUUCUCUCAGUUCCCGCCUGAUGCCCUCUUUCCGUCAAAGCUUUCCAACCAAUUAACUGAGAUCAUGACCGAGUUGGUUGAAACAUCAAAGUCAAUGUGUCUCGGCAAACCAGAAGGUCAACCGCCGCUUGACUUUAUGGAACUCUCUACGCUCUUGGGAGUAUCCAAUAUCUCCGCCUCUGUCUCUGCAUUCUUCCACUCUCUUCACUGGCAUUUGCCCGUGGUUCAUUUUCCAACGUUUGACCCAGGGGACGUUUCCAACCCUCUUCUACUCUCGAUCUUCUUAUCUGGUGCCACAUAUACUUUCCCAUUAGAUGGGAGUACUCUUCCAUCAGGUCUUUUCGAUGUGGCGGAAGAGUACAUCUUUCGGAACAUUGCAAAUCUGGCAGCAGUUCCAUCGCCAAAAGACUCUACACAUCUUUUAUCCACUGUUCAGCUAAUACAGAGUGCCCUCAUUAUUGAAAUGCUUCAGUUUGGGCGGGAUGAUAUGCAAACAAGGCGUCGCAUUCGGAUUGUCCGUCAUCCAUGCCUUGUUUCUACGAUAAGAUCCUUGGGAAUUUUCCAGCUCAAACGACGAACUGCCCCUAAAGUUUGCGAUGAGAUGACAUGGAAGGCUCUGGUAGCAGAGGAAGUUUGUAUACGGAUCGCCUGCUGGGUCUUCCUUGCUGAUGGAUUCCUUACGGUUUGCUUCAAGAACAACCCAUCAAUAUCAGUUUUCGAAAUGGACUGCCAUUUGCCGUGGAGUGCUGGGCUAUGGGAGGCCGAAAGUGCAUCCUCGUUUAGCAAAAUCGCUGAGGCACACUCGGCCGACCUCCCACUUCCACCGCUGAGAGACGUGGUCACCCAGCUCCUCGAAACACAAAACGAAGUCUCAAUACCAUGGAGUCUCUCAGUAUCUGUGGAGCACCUUCUUAUUCUGAUUUACGCUAUCAACUCUCUUGCAUUCCAGACAAGAGCAGGCUUGUUAAGAUACCUAUCAGUUGACAAAAUCCGACGCGCCUCAGCGAAUUGGAAGCGCAUCUGGGAUUCUGUCACUGGUCUCUUGGUCAAGGAUCAAUUCUUUCAUAUUGGGUAUCCGAAACACGCUCAAGAGCUUUGGUGGUUAUUGAAUGCUACGCUGGAGGUCUCUAGCAAGUCCGAUGCUAGGUUCAAGUAUCUGGACAACACGGCGACUGACGACUUGGCCAAUUUGAAUGACUUUAUUCAGUGGUGUUACCAAAUUGCGCCAUAA